GCAAUGGCUUUACUCCCAGUGGUGGUGUUUCUGGCUGCUCUCCUGCUUCCAUCUUUACCCGCAGAAGGAAAGGAUCCAGCCUUUUCUUCUUUGUUAACCACUGACACGCAAAUCCAAAAAGAGAUUGUGAAUAAACACAAUGCCUUAAGGCAAUCAGUCUCUCCACCUGCCAGCAACAUGCUAAAGAUGGAAUGGAGCAGAGAAGCAACAGCAAAUGCCCAAAAAUGGGCAAACAAAUGCACUUUACAACACAGUAAUGCACAGGAUCGAAAAACCAGUACAAAAUGUGGUGAGAAUCUCUUUAUGUCAAGUGACCCAACCGCCUGGUCAAAUGCCAUCCAAAGUUGGUAUGAUGAGAGCCAAAACUUUGUCUAUGGUGUAGGACCAAAGAGAUCCGAUGCAGUAGUUGGACAUUAUACCCAGGUUGUUUGGUACUCAUCUUACCUUGUUGGAUGUGGAGUUGCUUAUUGUCCCAAUCAAGAUAGUCUGAAAUACUACUAUGUUUGCCAAUAUUGUCCUACUGGUAAUAAUGUGAGUAAAAAGAAUACCCCUUACCAACAAGGAACACCUUGUGCCAGUUGCCCUGGUAACUGUGAAAAUGGACUAUGCACCAAUAGUUGUGAGUAUGAAGAUCUCCUUAGUAACUGUAAUUCCUUGAAGUCAACAGCUGGCUGUGAACAUGAACUGCUCAAGGAAAAGUGCAAGGCUACCUGCCUGUGUGAAAACAAAAUUUACUGA